AUGGAAUACUUAAGGUUAAUGUUAUUACCUUUUAUUCUAACUACGGUUGCAUCACUAAAUGAAACAGACAUUCCCACUUAUGAUGAAAUGUCUGCUGAAGGUGACUUGCCUCUAGACAAUGAAUUGGUGUCACACGAUGACAUGCCUUCCUUACUAACAAGAAGAAUAAUGAGAGGCCACUUGGUCGGUGAUACUAGGCCCUAUAUGGUAUAUCUCAGACCACAUGCGGACGAGGCAAACCGCAUUUUAUUUGAAAGUCAUUGGACGUGCGGUGGCGUCAUUAUACAUCAACGUUAUAUUCUCACAUCAGCUGCUUGUAUUGAAGAUGCUGGUAAUUUCUACGUAAUUUCUGGUACUCAUAAAUUUGUGCCCCCACACAUCCAUGACAAUGAAUGCGUGAACAACGGAGCUAAGAAAGCCGUAUGGAAAUGUAUUCCAAAGUCGUAUUUCUUCGACGGCGAUGCCUUCGACAACAUUCGUUGGAUGGUGGGUGACAUUGCCAUUGUAAAAGUAGAAGACAACUUCAACUUUGAGAGAAGAAUUAAAGGCUGUGAUUUCGUUCCAAAGAAGAUUUCUUUUAACAAUAAAACGAGACGACUUGAGAGGAGUGGCAGUAUUGCUUCUAUUGCUGGCUGGGGCACUAGGAAUAGAUUUGUAGAAUUGGAUGCUGGAACAGGAGUUCAUGUAAAUGAAUCGAAAUCUGCAGAAAAUUCAGUGGAUCUACUCGAAGCUGACGUCAUAAUAAUAUCUAAGAAGGGCUGUAAAAAACACUGGGACGAGAGAUACCAUUUUAUUAUUCAAGAGGAAAUGGUUUGCUCCAAGGACAGCACAGAUUAUGAACCAGUAGGAGCUGAUUGUCAGGAACAUGGAGUCAACUGUAAAGAAGUGGGCCACUCCGAUGAAGAUUACUAUGAAGAUACCAUUAGAAGAAGGAUGACAGAUCGUAAAAAUUUAAUUGUACACACGGCCGGUCAUCGCAGUCCUACUAGAAGAAGUAGAUUGACUUCUGGAGGGUUUUGCGAGAACGACCACGGCGGGCCGCUAAUCAUCGGGCAAGGCAAGAGCUCCGUGGUGAUAGGAGUCAUGUCGGCUUGCCUGACGCGGGAAGUUAGCAACAGAUGCUAUGGUCCAUUCCUCUACACAAGCGUUUACAAAUACAAGGACCUUAUCUCUUGUGCCAUCGACAAAAGUCUACAAGAGGAAUGUAGAUUGUUACUAAAAUCUUCAAACACUCAGUUGAAGAAAGAAGUCUUCGAUUGGCGCGGACGUUAUACCAUUCAACGAGAAUCAGAUGAAAUGGAUAAAAAUCAUUGGGUACAACGGAAAAACAACCAAUUACCAACUGACGACAUAAAAACACAGUCACUAGGAAAUAAUGAAAGGAAUCAUACGAAAGGACAGCCAGAAUUGAACAGCGAAUUAAACAAUCAUCAACACCGAAGAGCAAACUACAAGAAUAAAGAAAGCACAGAAGAUCCCUUGUCAAUUAAGAAUGUCAUACUACGAAGUCGAUUUAAAACAGAAGACAUUGACAAAGCCGGAAACGAGGGAAGAACUGGUGGUCCGAUGAUAGGACACCAGACAUUGGAGAAAAUUAUUCUCGACAUAAGUACAGACAAUUGCAAAUGA